AUGCGGCGAGCGAAUCCCCGGCAGGUUGGCUUUAUAUGCCAGUCCUGUGCUUCAUUACCGGCACAGGUGUCAAGGCAACCUUUCCCUAGCCGCAUUCUAUUCUCGAUCCCCCGCCAGGUUGUUCAAAGCUCCGUAUGGAGAUCAACGCCUGCAAGAUGGACCGCUUCAGUGUCCGCCUCAAAAGCAGCUGCAGACGCCGGAUCAGACGCAGACGGGAAUGCAGUGCCGGCAACACCGCGGCCGGUGACCGAUGCUUCGCAAUUGGCAAAUAUGGCCGAGGAUAGUGUCAACAAGUUCCUCUCGGUCGACGGCAUCCCAGCAAAGCAGCUUACUACUGCUGCCCUGCAGUCGUGUCUGCGAGCAGCCGCUGCGCUUCACCCCCAAUUGAAGCGGGCAGAGGCGCAAUACAGGGCUUCGGCCUCAAAACUGGUCUCUUUGGGAGCCGAACGGACGGGCGCCAGGAUACCCGUCGACGCCAAGCUGACGGAGGCGACUCUCCGAAUCUCUCACGCGGCAUAUGCCAUUGUUGCGAACCCGAAUGUGGAGAUGACGCCGGAGUUCCUGGAGUUUUAUGUCGCCAUUCAAGCGCAGCUUGGCCAGCCAGAGUCACUGCCUGCUGUUUUUGAAAUGUUUGCAAACAAGCCAAAGCCCGUCGUCAAAGAUGGCCAGAUUGCGUACGUGAAGCAGAAUCCCAAUGCGGCUGCUCGAGCCAUAGAGCCCGCCAUCGCAGACAUGGCUCUGCAGACGGCGAUUGAUGCCAAGAGCCUGGACUCUGCUCUUGGCAUUAUCGAGUCUUCAUACUCCCUUCCUGCGUUUAAGCGCCAGAAGCUGAUCAAGCACGGUACGGCGCCCGCUCUUGGCCUUGCCACCCUGCCGUUUGGCAUCUUUGGCCUAUCAACAGGCUAUGCCGCCUACUGGCAAAACACCAUGGAUAUCAGCACUGCUACGGGAAUUGGUGUUGCCGGCAUCUCGGGCUACUUCCUUGUGGUUGGAUCCCUCGGCAUGAUUGCCAAGCUGAGUAACAAGGACCAGAUGAAGCGAGUGACUUGGACGCCAGGAACGCCGCUGCGAUAUCGAUGGCUAAGAGAGGAAGAGAGAGCUGCUUUAGACAAGGUGGCGUGUGCAUGGGGCUUCAAGGAGCCUUGGAGACACGGUGAGGAGAUGGGCCCGGAGUGGGAGGGCCUCAAGGAGUACAUGGGAUACAGACAGAUGCUGCUUGACAGAGUUGAGUUCAUGGAGGGCAUGAGCUGA